AUGAAUACACUCGAACAAAUUACGGAACCAGCUCAGACUCCUGAGACUACACCUGAUGUUGCAGAGCAACAACUACAACAAAACAAAAUACAAAACCAAUUACAACCCAACCAGUUGCAAAAUCAACUACACCAAGUAGGAUCAAACACACAAAUGGCUCAACAAGUACAAUCACACCCAAUGCAAAACACACAAAUGAACCAACCUCAACAUGUACAACCAAACCAAAUGGGACAACAAGUUGGUCCAAGUCAACAAGGACAAAACCCACAAAUGGGACAAAAUCAGCAUAUGGGAGCGAACCAACAGAUGAUGAUGCGAAUGGGUAACGGAGUAAUGAACCCAAAUAUGUAUUAUUAUCAAAUGCAAAUGUACCAGAACCAACAAGGACAAAAAGGAAUGCCAAUGAAUAUGCAAAUGGGAAUGUCAAGAUUUAUGCCACAAUAUAACGCAUACCUCAACAGAGUACAACCAAUGCAACAAAUGGCCCCAACGCAUCCAAUGAUGCAACAACAAAUGGGACAUAACCAGCAAGUCCAAAGUGCAAUGAUGAUGCAACAGCAGCAGCAACAGCAACAACAAGGUGAAACAAAAACUGAAGAAACAGGAGAAACUAAGCAACAACCAAUGAGUAAUAUGCCACCAAAUAUGUACCCAAAUAUGAUGGGUAAUCCCAUGAACCCAGUAGGAAUGCCCAUGAUGCACCCAGGUGGUAUGGGCGGGAUGUACUACGGACCACGCCUACUAGUCAAUAACGCAAUUGACAGCAUCCCGUCAUUGAGACUUGCAAAUAGUCAGUUCCAGAAUGUAACACAGGUACUGGACGCCCUAGCAACACAGUCGAAGAAGCGCAGGGCACCAAGAGCAUCGAGAGAACCAAGAGAGGACUCAGAUUUUAAAAAUGUCCUCCAAGACUACUUUAGCGCAUCAGAUAACUCAGAUGACGAGUUUUUAGUCUCAAGAUCACUUCGACUCAACGACGGAAGUAGCAGCAUUAGAAGGAGUAAUCGCACUCGAACGAAGACUGCAAAAUACGAUGAGUACAAUGAAACGGAAUCCGAUACACAGGAAGAUUAUAUAGCAAACUAUCAACCGACAACAGUGAAUAACAUUAACCCAACAGGGGUAAAGAGUAAUAGAGGAAGAAAGAAGGGAGUUAGUUACAAGAAGCCAACACCUGCUAAGCCAGUAAACCCCUAUUCGAGAAGCAACUAUUUACAGUUUGAUGAGUCGAGUGAUGAGUCUCCACAGUUUAGCGGCCAUGACUAUGACCCUAACUCGAUAGAAAGUAGCGGUUUAUCACUAAGACAUAGGAAACAUAAAGUAAAUUACGCAGAAUUAGAAUACUCAGAGGAAGAGGAAGUAGUUGAAGGGGAAGAAGAAGAAAAGAAAAGCUCAGGAGGAAUUGACCGAGUUAUUAACCACAGACAGCGUGAGGAUGGAGAGUGGGAGUAUUUAAUAAAAUGGCAAGGAUUUGCGCAUAUCCACAACACAUGGGAUGUGUAUGAAAAUUUAAAAGAAUACAAUGGAAUACGUAGACUUGACAACUACAUUAAGCGCUUUAAGAACCUGGAGGAACGCCAGAAAUAUAUGACACUGGAUGAAAUAGAACAGGAAAACAUAGCUCUGGGACUCCAGAAACAAAUCGAUGAAGACUCAUUGAUAGCAGAACGCAUCGUAACACACUACAAAGAUGAAAACGGCGUUAUGGUAUACCUAGUCAAGUGGCGUAGUUGCCCAUACGACCAAUGCACAGAAGAGGAUGAGGAAACAUUAGUGGAACACGGGUUCCAAGAUUUAAUUGACGCAUAUAAGAUUAGAGAAGACAGGAUUUUGGGUGAGGCAGCGAGGAAGAUCCCCUGGAACACGCACUCAAUAUCCUUGACCAAAUUCGAGCCAUAUUACGAGACGCCUAAAUACCUGUCAAAUCCAACAUAUUUAGAGGAUUUAGGAUAUACCUCCAGAUUAUACUACACCAUUUUAGCAGCAAGAGCGAACCGUUUGAAGACUGAUGGUGUAAACGAAGCGGGUGAGGUGAAGGCGGACGCGGUAAAACCUCAAGAUUCAGUUAAGGGAGAAGUAACAAAUUUAGUUAAAGAACAAGAACCGAUGGUUAAUAAUGAGACGGAUGUGAAAAUAAAUGGAGUAAAGGAGGAAAAAAAUGAGCAAGAAGAUGUAAAAAUGGACCUAGACCAAGAAACCAAUUCUACAACCUCAGCUCAAUCGUUUCCUAACUCUGUUAAGUCAGAACCAAACGCCCAGCAAUCAGUAAACACAGGCUCCACAGAAAACUCAGUUAAUUCAGCACAGCAAGGAGAUGCUGGAGUUAAAAAGUACCACCUCAGAGAUAACGUACCCAACUCGAUUUAUAAAGUAUCAGAGCCGAGGAAGCUGAGAGACUACCAGCUGACGGGACUUAACUGGAUGGUAAACCGUAUGAAGCGAGGUCUGUCGGUGCUAUUAGCAGAUGAAAUGGGGCUGGGAAAGACGGUACAAACGAUAUCACUAGUAGGCCACUUCAUGUACAAAGAGUUUCUAAUUGGACCAUACCUAAUCAUCGUGCCCCAAAGCACAAUAGAUAACUGGAUGAGAGAGUUUGAAGCAUGGCUCCCACAAGCAAACGCAGUGUGCUACUACGGAAACGCAACAGCCCGCGAAAUGAUACGUCAACGUGAGCUAACGCGAAUUUUCGUGCCAGGAAAGGGAGAACGCUACAAGUGCGAUGUAUGCAUUACAACGCCGAGCAUAAUCAACUCGCCAGCAGACUUGGACUUUCUACGCAGAAUAAGCUGGCAGCUGAUGGUUGUGGACGAAGCACACCAACUGAAGAAUAAAAAUAGUAAACGCUUCGUAGAGUUGAUGCAGUUCAUGGCAGACUACAAGCUCUUGCUAAGUGGAACUCCACUCCACAAUAACCUGGAGGAGCUCUGGACACUGUUGCAUUUCAUUAACCCACAGAUUUACCCAUACUACGAAGAUUUCAGAAGAAGAUAUAGCGAAAUCGAAAAUCCAGCUGCAAUAGGAGAAAAUAAACAGAAGCAGCUGCUAUCAUUACAGCACGAGUUACACGAGUUUGUGCUUCGAAGAGUUAAGAAAGACGUUGAAAAAUCGCUGCCAAAUAAGGUUGAGAGGAUUUUGAGAGUGGAACUCUCACCAAUGCAGAUUGAAUGGUACAAGAAUAUUCUGGCAAGAAAUUAUGAGGAGUUGGCAAGGAACUCAGGAGGCUCAAGAAGCUCACUACAGAACAUCUGUAUGGAGCUGAAAAAGGUUUGCAACCACCCCUUCCUGUGUUACGAGCCCGAAGAUAGACAAGUGUGGCUUCAAGGGCUUAUAUACGGAAGCGGGAAGAUAUGUUUGCUAGACAAGCUGCUUCAGCGUCUGAAGGAGAAGGGACACAGAGUCUUGAUUUUCUCACAAAUGGUCAGGAUGCUUAAUAUUAUAAGUGAGUAUUUGACAUUGAGAGGAUUUAAGCAUCAAAGACUUGAUGGAACGAUGGGAAAAGAAGUGAGGAAAAAAGCAAUGGACCACUUCAAUGACCCACAGAGCGAUGACUUCUGCUUUCUACUCUCAACAAAAGCAGGAGGACUAGGAAUUAACUUGACAUCAGCAGACACAGUGAUCAUAUACGACUCAGAUUGGAACCCACAAAACGACUUGCAGGCAGAAGCAAGAGCACAUAGGAUAGGCCAGACGAAAACGGUACAAAUAUACAGACUUGUAACAAAAGAUUCAAUAGAGCAAACAAUAUUAGAGAGAGCAAAAACGAAGAUGGUGCUUGAUGCACUAGUUGUACAGGGAUUAAAUAAGAGAGGGGACGCAGUAAUGUUCAACGACGAUGGGAAAUCAGGAUUUUCCCGUGAGGAGCUAGCAAAGAUCCUCAAGUUCGGAGCAUCAAAGCUCUGGGCAACUGCAAACCCACAAACAAACAAGACAUCCUCAACAGACGAAAAAUUAGAUAUUGAUUUGGAUAAAGUACUUCAAGAAGCAGAACUCACUAAAGAAAAUGAUUCAGACUUGGCAGCUGAUUUGUUGUCGUCGUACACGAACAUAACAGAGUUUAGAUAUGAGCCACCAGAAGGCCAACUGGAGGCGACUGGAGAAAACGACAAGGAGUUUUGGGAAGCAACAAUUCCUCUGGAGGAACGUGUUAAGCUUAAGAAGAAGAAACAAGAGGAGUUGCUUGUUAUGGGCCCAAGAAGAACAAGAGCUAAGGAUACAGGAACCAUUGAGACCGAUGAUUAUUCUGACGACGAGGCUGAUGCAGAUUUCCAACCCAGGAAAACAACAAAGGAAUUAUUACAGUCUCAAGAAGGAAUUAAGGGUAAAAGAGGACAACGUAGGUCAAGAAAGGCUGUUUUGACAAUUAAAGAUAAAAUGAAGAUCCAUAGAAGCUUAAGCAAGUUUGGAGUACCAGAGCUCAGACUGAAGGACAUACACGCAGACACUAAGCUCAACAAGGUUGACCCGAGAGUUAUCCUGAACGAGUGUCAGAACAUGAUUGACACUUGCAAGUCAAAGCUCAAGUCGAAUGCGGACGACGAAGAUAGGCGUUCGAGAAGAAGUCAACUGAUUGUAGAGAUGGGAGAAAUCAAAGUCAACGCACAGGACUUCUUAGAUAAGAUGAAAUUGCUUGAAAGCCUAGAACAGUUUGGGCGAAAGCUUGCAGGAAGCUCUUGGAACAUGGCUCCAAACGACGAGUUUGAGAUCCCUCAGCAAGUACUUGACCAAAUGAACGAAGGCAAGGAAACAUGGACCUCAGAUGAUAUAGUAAACCUUCUCAAGCUUAUUAACAAGUUAGGGUUUGGAUACUGGUCUCAAAUGUGUGCAGACAAGGAGUUAUGUGUUGGAGUACUCCAGGACAUUAAGCACGAUAAGUUGAAAAACCGUGCGAUGAAACUUCUUAAGAUUGUGAACACGUAUAUUGAUCCAAGCUCAGUUAUCACACUAAGCGAUGAAAAGAGGCUAUCAACGGUCCGAGAAACACCCGUUAAGGUCAAGAAAAAGGAAUCAGUAACAAGUGAUAAGGAAAAUGACCUGACGCCAUCAGAAGGACCUAACGAUAAGGUUCGAGAUGACUUGAGUGAUAUUUACACACUCGACCCCUCCGACGCCAGCAAAGAUGUUAUCGAUGUCGCAAAUUUGCUCUCCACAGGAAAACUCACGUCCAGAGACCAUUAUGCGAGCGCAGUCAAGCACGUGUUAAAGUCCUGUAGAGAUGUCCUGAGAACCACAAAACGUCUCAGAAACCCAUCCUUGGAUUUCACAGAGAACCUCAAAUCAGAAGAGUUCCAAACACAGGUCAGAGACACAGUCAAGAUGGUCAAAAACGCACUUGACAGUAACCUCAAUGUCUGUCCUGACGAAGUUGUCGCAAACAAACUCAGAACAGCCUGCUGGAAAUUCGUCUCCAAAAUCAUACAAUCAGACCAAUUCCACCUAGAAUCUUACUAA